AUGACUGCGUCUGCACAGCUGUGUUUGCUGGCAUAUUUAACUCUGACUUUGGGGUUGACUUUGGGUUUGGGUCCAAACAAAAACAUGGGGUUUACGUUCCUCUUACCAGCUGGAAGCACAGAGUGUUUUUACCACAGGACGGCGAUGAACGACAGCAUGGAAGUUGAAUACCAGGUGAUCGCAGGGUCAGGUCUGGAUGUUGGGUUUAUCCUCCUCUCACCCACCGGACAUCGGCUAGUCUCUGACUUCAGGAGGUCUGAUGGUAUCCACAUGGUGGAUCCCACAGUUGAUGGAGACUACCGGUUAUGUUUUGACAACAGCUUCAGUAAAAUGUCAGAGAAGAUGGUGUUUUUUGAGGUCGUCAUUAAUAAUCAGAACAGCAAAAACGGAGGCCAAGAUGAUUGGUUAGAGACUGUAACUUCAGACAGCAUGGUGGACUACAAAAUGGAAGACAUCAGGGCGAGAAUGGACUCUGUGCACCGGCACCUGGAGAAAAGCCAUCAGGUCCAGGCCAUGCUGAGGGCAUUUGAGGCGAGAGACCGCUACCUUCUGGAGGACAACUUGUGGCGAGUGUCCUUUUGGUCCUGCGUAAACCUGUCGGUCAUGCUCACUGUUGCUGUUGUUCAAAUUUACACCCUCCGACGCCUCUUUGUCAACACCAAGCAGGUCCGCACAUAACAAAACCAUCCUUACCUCCAUCGACGAAAGACUAGCAGAAAACACUCAACUGACAUGGGAGCUGAAUUUAAAGGAAUAGUUUACAUCAUUUUAAAAAGCUGGUUUUUGCACUGGAUUUUUUUUUAAUUGUCAAAAACUGUUCCCUUUGAUGCAUUGUGGAAACCACUUUCUGCUUUUGUGUCAUCCCUGAAAUCACAUUUAUACCACAGUAGUGGAUGCCUGUAGCACCGGUAUUUGUUAAAAGUUUCAUUAGGGAAGCUAGAACGUCAGUUGUUCUCCCUUGAAAGUUUAUUGAAUUACAAACACUACAUUUGGCACAUCUAGAAACUAAGAUUAUCAGAACACCAAAAAACUAAUUAUCAGAUACGUCACCUCAUGAAAGCGCAUGAUGAAGCUUUUUAAAAGCUUUAAAAACAAAAAAACAACAAAAUGAUGCAAA